AUGAAAUACUUUUUGUCGACCUUCGUUUUUGCACUUAGUACAGCAGGAUUGGCAGCUGCUCAAGCAUCUGCUGGUGCUUUUUACAUCACAGCCCCACUCGAAGGCGAUACUUGGACAGCUGGCACAACUGAAACCAUUAAAUGGAUCAAUGGGAUGAAUCAAAACAUUAGUAUCAAUCUCAUUGAAGGCAAGGACAGUAAUAGCAUGGUGUCUACCGGCGACUCUAUCAAUGCUAAUGGAAUUAGUGGAACUGCAUCUUGGAAUGUCCCUGCUGAUAUCGAUACUUCUGGACGUUAUGCCCUGCGAUUUGAUUACACCGACAGUAAUGGAAACGAUGCAUCCUCCUACUCGGGAGCUAUUAAGAUCGUCAAGGGAUCCUCCUCCUCGUCAUCAUCAGCAUCAGCAUCAGCAAAUAGCUCUGCUUCUCUCUCUGGUUCUUCCUCAGCUAUCGUUACAGCAUCUCAAUCAUCGACACCUCUAUCAUCCGCCUCAGCUUCAGCUUCUAGUGCUUCCUCAACCCAAUCCUCAUCAUCAGCCCAAAGCACAGCCCCUUCAUUACCACCCAAUCUCAAACCUUCUCUUGCCGCAUCCACUACACCCGAAGCUAUCCAAGAAGGCUCGGCAAUCAAUAACAAGGUGGCCGCUCUUUCCAUUGCCAUCCCUGCUGUUCUUGCUUGCACCCUUUUCUAA